UCAGCUACCAGAACCCAAGCUUCAGAGCCGUGUAGUGUACAAUCGAAGCUGAACUCGAGACAGAUAUGAGGACGUGUGUGUUCCGGUGUUGUCUGACCCUGCUGGGUUUGUCUCUGGUGCUGUGCGGUAAAGGCGUCUCGGCGCAGCCGGACCUGGAUCUGAGACACCGCAGACUUCUACAGAGAGUCUAUGACCUCGGCCUGAGCGUACAGGACAUUCUAUCCCAGCUCACACUGCCAGACUCGGAGUUUCAGGAGAGCGACGUUUCGACUCUGGGGACAAAACAAGACCUGACGGUGGAGUUAGAGAGACCUGCAGAGGAUCCCAACAUCCUUCCACCUCGAGAACGGAAAGCAGGAUGCAAGAACUUCUACUGGAAAGGAUUCACUUCCUGCUGAGGUUCUGCCACCCUAGUCACAUGACCCGACCCCCGGCCACUCCCGGGUCGGUGCUGCCGAUCGACCCCGCCCUCACCCGUGACCCAACACUGAGGUCUAAUCAGUAGCUGAUUUUUAACAUUUAAUCAUAUCAAAGAGAUUCAACUGUAAGUUUGUAAUUUAGAAAUAAAGACGAAUGCUGCAUUUGAUUUUA